AUGGGCGUGCAAGGAUUAUGGCAGAUCUUGCACAAGGUGGGGCAGUCGCGUUCGUUAACACACCUCGCUGUUGUGGAUGGCUUUGAAGGAAAUCAGUCCGGAAGGCGAGCCUACCGCGUAGGUAUUGAUGCAAGUAUAUGGUUUUAUCAUGUUGGCCAUGUCAAGGGUGGAAAGAACCCUGAACUACGCACAUUGUUCUUCCGCUUGCGACGUCUAGCAGAACUUCCUCUGAUUCCCCUCUUUGUGUUGGAUGGUACCGAGCGGCCGAAGAUGAAGAGGGGGAGCAGGGUAGGCAAGUCAGGCUUUCAUAAGCUGACUGCCGGUCUGCAAAAGCUUCUCGAAGUCUUCGGAAUGGAAUGGCGGAUCGCACGAGGAGAGGCUGAAGCCGAGCUGGCAUACCUCAAUCAGAUUGGGGUGAUAGAUGCUGUCAUGACUGACGACGUAGACACCCUCAUUUUUGGUGCUCAGACGAUCAUAAGGAAUCCCAAUCUCAAUCUACUGGGAAAUAAGGCAUAUCCAGCGCUCAACUCAGAUGGAAAGCCAAGCCAGCAUCAUGUCAUGUUGUACACCGCCGAUCUGAUUCGCACUCAUCCGGAUGUGUCUCUAUCCAGAGGCGGGUUGAUACUCUUUGCCCUUUUGUCCGGAGGAGACUAUGACAGUGGCUUGAGAGGCUUUGGUCCUCAAAUAUCUCAUGCGUUGGCUCGAUUGGGGUUCGGUGACAUGCUCCUUGAUGCAUAUGAACAGCAUGACCAGCAGGAUCUGUUGCCAUUCCUCACACAGUGGCGUGCAGAUUUGAAUACCGAGCUUAGGACGAACGCUCACGAUCUCCUGCGCUAUUCCUACCCGUCCUUGCAUGUACCGGACCACUUCCCAAACAUGCAGCUACUGCAGAGCUACAUGAAUCCGCUGAACAGUGCUAGUGGUGGCCGUCAGGGCGGAGGUACUCUACGGGAUAAUGCUGACCUAAAUAUCCCAGCGGCCGCAGCGUUUUGCGAAAUUUACUUUGACGAGUGGGGCUAUCGGUCUGCAAUCAUAAAACGAUUCCGAAAUCUGCUGUGGGAGGCUGCGGUGGUACAUAUCCUUCGACGUGCGGCACUGGAGGCCGACGAAAAGGAGAAGGAAAAAAAACUUAAAGCUGGUCAGGCUGAUGUUACCAUCAAAGGCCCCCUCACUCCCUCACGAGGUGAUGCCAUUGGAACACCUUCUCUUCUUGUCAACAAAUACCUCAAGUCGGGUGAUGUCGACUGUCGAGCUGCAGUAUUCGUGAACGGAGACAACCACGCAUCUCGGCGGGCCCACGAGCAUGAUCCAAAUCUCAUCAAGAGGGUAAUUGGCUCUCGCCGACAUGUCUCAACGGACAACAUCCUCGAAUAUCGAGUAGAGGUUGAUCCGGCCCAGUUAGUCUCUUUGGCCCACUCGGGCAUCGAGGGAAAGCAUCCUGAGCCUUUCGGCAACGCCAGCGCGCACACACUCCCCGAUCUACCAGACCUCAUGAUCCGUAGUUCUCAAGGCUCACAGCAGGGAAAACGAGCUGCCAAAAAAAUGCCUCCAGACCCGCAUAGCAUUAUGAAGAUAUGGAUACCAGCCUCGAUGAUGCACCGGGUGCAUCCAGAGCUUGUGGAGGACUAUAACGCUGAUGUGGAAGCAGAGCGGACCAAAAAGAAUGUCGCCAGAAAACGAAAGCAGCAGUUCGAAGAGAAUGAGGAUGCGCGGGAAGCCAAGAGGACAGCAACAGAGGGAAGCCGAUCUGCGAGCCGGCUCAUAUCCAGUUGA